AUAAAUCACACCCGAAGAAAAACCGGUACAAAGUUUUAAUUCCAAUCCAUUACUCAAUAAUGGCCGAUAAUGAAGUCUCGUUUAUCUGCAAACGAACCGUGGUCAGCACUAAACCCGUGCGGCCAGGUCAGUUCAGCCCUCUAUCAGUUCUUGACCGAUUAAAUAACGAAAACAGUAAUAUCCGCCUAGUGUUCUACUACAGUUUUCCGGCCAGAAAAACGGCCGGAGAACUGACGGAUAAGCUGAGAGAGUCGAUCUCCGAUAUGCUGUCGUAUUUUCCGGUGGUCACAGGGCGGCUGCUGAGGACUUCCGACGGAGACUGGACAAUCAAAUGCAACGACGCUGGCUUACGAAUGGUGGAAGCGAAAGUAAUGAAAGGAAGUGUCGAAAAAUGGCUGCAAAAUGUUGAUAGAGAAAAAGAACUGAAGCUUGUUCACUGGGAGGAAAUGUUUCACAAACCCUAUUUCUGGUCUACUUUUUAUGUUCAGAUAACCGAAUUCGAAGGUGGUGGGCUAGCUAUUGGUUUGAGCUGCACUCGUCUACUCUGUGAUCCCAUCUGUGCAACAAUGAUGAUCAAAGCAUGGGCUGAUACAACCCUAAUCGGCGAAAUUACAUCCCCGCCCCUACUCCGUCCGUUGCCGAUACAAAACCAAAACACCAACCACCACUCUUCUUUAAUUGACCGCUACAAAUCAUACUUAAACUCAUCUCCAAUUCUAAAAUCAGACGACAACACAAAACAAAUUACAACCAUCACUCUUCAGUUCAAUCAAGAAACUGUGAGAAAAUUAUGCAUCGCCAUGGCGAACGAUGUAAACGGUCACGGGCCGGGCCCCACACCGUUCGAGGCCUUGGCCGGGAUUUUCUGGACAUGCAUCAGCAGAGCAAAGGGGAAGCAACGUGGUUUCUUUGACAUGUAUGUGUGUUUGGACAUGCGGAAAGCGUUGGGAUUGGACGAGGGCUUUUUCGGAAACUGCAUGGUGUACAAUAAGGUAGUACUACUGCAUGGGGAUGGUAAUCAUGGUAAUUGUGAAGUGUUGUCUGAUGCGGUUGCUUUGAUCAAAGAGGCGGUAUCGGAAAUGGACGGUCGAGAUGUGAUGGAGUUGAUCGAGUGGUUGGAAAGCGAAAAGAUUAAUCGUAAUUCGUUGGUGAUUAGUGGAUGUGAUGAUCAUUUGAUUUGUGCUGAUUUAGGGAAUGUGCAUUGUUAUUCGGCGGUUUUUGAGGAAAAUGUGGUGCCGGUUCGUGUUUCGUACUACAUGGACGGGCCGGGUAUGGGGACCGGGCAGAUACUUGUCAUGCCGGCGCCAGGUGGCGGUGAUGGGCCGGAGAGUCGGGUGGUGGCGGUGACACUUCCGGAAGAUGAAGCCGAGAAGGUUCUCGAAGAUUCUUUGAUCCGGCAACUUGGUCCGAUUACUUUGAUGGGGUUGAACAAAAAACCCUAAUUAAUCAAUUAAUUUUAUCUGCA